GAUAUGGUAAUGCAUUCUUUUGUCUUUUAUCCAUUUGUAGCUAUUAAUAUCGAAUUCUGUAUCUGUGCAUGAUACUCCCAAAACCAGUGAGAUAUAAGUGCUAAGAGUGCAGAUGAAGAGAAUGUCUGGCUUACCGCGCAAAUCAAUAUGCCUCCGAUUCCUCUGAAUCUUUUGAUUAGAGAAAUAUCACUGAAAAAGACACCUCUUUUCAUCGUAGGUGAUCUAAAUGAUGAUUAAAACAAGCCCAAUUCAAAGUUAAAAUUGAAAAUUUAACAUAUGAACAAACACCAGCUUCUACAUCUUAACAAAAUACAAGUAAAAAUAGAAACAGUAAUCCUUGCAGUAAAUCACAUGUGUGAAGCAUGCUGUGGGAGUGGAUGACAUUGUUUUUUCUCUUUAUCAGAGCCAGUCUACUUGCAAUGGCGUAUUAUCUAACGGUUAUCAUUAACACAUUUUUAUUCACGGGUGACUUACCAUCGCUUUGAAAAUAUGGCAAUGUAACAUCAGUUUUCAUCAACGUAUUACCUUAAUCCUUACACUGACUAAAGUUCUCGAAAAAAAAUCGUAGAAUACAAAUUGAUUGAAACAUCAUUCUUACAGAUCACAAGUAAAAUUUAUUAGAUUAUAGACAACAACAUAAUAAACUUGCUUACAUUGUGCGACCUAUCCAAGGUUUUCGAUAGUGUCAACCACGAAAUCCUAAUUAGUAGAGUAAUUUAUGAUUUAUAACAAAAUCGAUACAUAUUGGUUCAGAAGUUAUUCAACUAAUAGAUCCCAAACAGUCAAAGUUCGUGAGAAUAUGUAAACAAAGUAGAUUUUAUCACAAGGAUCUAUAUUCUGUUCACAAUAAUCGUAGAUGAUGUGUCAACCAUUGCCCGUAUUUGCCAGCUUAUUCAAUACGCCGAUGAUAACCUACACACGAAUCCAAAUAAAACACAAUAUAUGUAAUAGGUAGUCGCCAAACCUUCGCCAAAUUCCUGUAAUGAUUUCGGUUUAAUGUCUCGAAACUCCCCUUUUUGAUCAAGGGCUAUUAGGACAGGCAGGAAUUGGCAAGGUGGAGAAACACUUCCAUAAAAUUAGAAGACUGCUACAUAAGACCGAGAACUUGGAGUGCACAUUUAAGAGCCAUGUCGUCAACAUCUAUAGAAGAGUAAUGUGGACAUUAAUCUACCUCAGCCACAUGGGCGGGAGUAAGAUCAUCAAAGAUGCUAUCCACGGAUACAUUGAGAUCCCUGCCCUCUGUAUCCGAAUCAUUGACACGCCGCAGUUUCAGAGACUAAGGUUUCUGAAGCAGCUUGGCACGGCCUCAUUGGUAUAUCCUGCGGCGUCUCACAACCGUUUCGAACACUGUGUUGGGACCUGUUAUCUGGCAGGGAAGAUGGUGAAUGCCCUUCGAAGCCGCCAGGAGGAACUCGAAAUAACGGAGACGGACGUUUUGUGUGUUCAGAUCGCGGGCCUCUGCCACGACCUCGGCCAUGGCGCCUUCAGCCACGUCUUCGAGACGUUCAUGAAGGAAUCCGAGAAGAGCUUCAGGCAUGAAGAGAUGUCCUGUAAGAUGUUCGACCACCUCCUUCGCGAGAACAACAUCAUGCAGGAUUUUAUAAGAGCAGGGCUGGGCGAGAAGGACGUUCAGUUUAUCAAGGAUCUCAUCCUUGGAGCAAAGCCUUCAGAGGAAAAAAACGGGAGAAAAGCAGCCAAGGCUUUCCUUUUCGAGAUCGUGAACAACAGGAGGACGGGCGCCGACGUGGACAAGUGGGACUACUUCCUCAGGGACUGCCACGGCCUCGGCAUCAACGUGACCUUCGAGUACGAGAGGCUGAUUCACUUCUCCAGGGCGGCCGAGGUCGAGGGCGAGUGGCAGAUCGUCUUCAAGGAAACGGAGGCGGAGAACCUGUACGAGAUGAACCACGCCAGGAUGAUGCUGCACAAGAAAGCCUACCAGCACCGCGUCGUCAAGAUCAUCGACCGAAUGCUGGUGGACGCUCUUCUGAAGGCUGACGAUUUUGUACAAUACACAGGAGGAGAUGGAAGAAGCCUCAAGCUGAGCGAAGUGUGCACCGACAUGGCGGCCUACACUUACCUCACCGAUGACGUCAUACACCGCAUCCUACGGAAGCCCGCCGGAUCCGAGGCUCUUGAGGAGGCCAAGGAGAUCCUGAGGAACAUCCAGACGAGAGACCUGUACCCCUACGUCGGCGAGCUGGAGGUGGACGCGGAUGCAGCGAAAGAGGCGAUGGCCGAACUCAAGGAUAAGUUUCCCGACUCCGCGUGCCUGGAAAGGAAAGUGAGCUUUGGCAGCGAGGCAGGGAAUCCUUUGGAGAAGCAACAUUUCUACCGCCGAGGAAAUACUAAUGAAUACAUAAAUUUGAAAGCGAAGCAGGUCUCGAGAAUGCUUCCGAGAGAGUUCGUCGAUGUCAAAUACUACGUUAUCACAAGGGGCAGCUGUAAUGUACAAGAGGUCAGAGAGUUCCUUGAAAGGAAAAGGGAAGCAACCGGAAGGCCUUGAAAUAAUGACGAAUUGAAAGUAACAGCAAGGAAAGAAGUCAAUCCAUAUCUAAUGAAAAAGCACAGCCGUUUACAAGGGGAUCGACAUUCUCGUCUGCCGGGAUUCCACCUCAUUGUUUCUUCACUGAUAGUAUUGCUCUUCCUCAGGAGACCAAAACACUGAGAUCCAUUGCCCAAUCUCAGGAAAGGAAACACUAGCAACCAGUCCUAGACUCUGGAGAAAAGUAGUAAGAAGCAAUGCAAGUAUUGUGUAACUCCAGCCAUAUUACAUAAACACAAGUAUUAAGAGUCACCUGAUUGGAAUUAUUUUUAAUGAUAAAAGAAAGAGAAGGCAAAUCGGAGUGGUCCCUAGUCUGGGAUGGAUUGACGGUUUUGCUUUUCUUAAGAUGGGAUUCGCUAUAGUUCCACAAUUCACUAUUGAUUAUAAUAAGCCGAUUUCGAAUGAGGUUCUUCACACUGUUAAGCACCAGGUUAAAUAAGGCUUAAUGUCACUGAUUAUUCAGCUCAAGUUUCAUGAUGAGUAAGAUUAACCAAAUUAUAUAAGGAAAACGAAAAUGGUAUGUUUACAGAAAUACAUGUAUCUAAAUAUGUACCCGUCUGCGGACUAAUAUAAACUUGCUGUUCAUGUGCUUGUAUAGAUAUAAAGAGAAUGUAACAUAAUAAUAAUAAAUUCUGAAUGAUAA